AUGUCAUCCUCUUCAUUUACCCAAGUGAGGUCCCAGGCACUUACCUUGGAAAAACAAACAGAAUCCUUGUUGGCGAAAUACUCUCAAUUUCAGAACCAGCUAUCGCAAUCGUUGGAGAGUUCGCCCGAGGAAGAGGCAGUUAAACAACAAAUCAUCGAUACAUUAUCCAAACGGGACUCCAUAGUUGGUAAGCUCAACAGAAUCAGUGAAUCUGCCACCGCCACUGAAUUGAGUACAUCAAAAUUACAACAAAUCACUCGUCACGAGCAGAUUUUACAUGACCACAAGAAUUCAUUCCACCGUAUUGAUUCAACUUUAACAGAGGAACGAAAUCGUAACAACUUGCUAUUCACAGUUCAAUCAGAUAUAUCGAACCACAAACGACGCAACGGACCAGCUAAUCCACUAGACACUGACCCCGAUUCGUAUAUCUUGGAAGAGAGUCAACGGGCAGACAAUGUCAAUUCGAUAGCUGACAGAUUAUUGCAAAGUGCAUACAGUACUCGAGAUGAGUUGCUUAAUCAACGACAAUACUUGCAGAAUGCUCAACUGACAAUAUUGGGUACUAUACAGAGUGUUCCAGGGAUAAAUGUGCUCAUUCUGAAGAUCAAUUCUAGGAGGAAGAGGGAUACUUUGAUUUUAGCCACUGUUAUUGCUAUUUGUAUACUACUUUUGUUCUUUGUAUAG